UUUAAACAUUUUAUUUACUCAACUUUCUACGACCUUUUUCAUAAGCUCGUUACAGUAAAUAGUUUAGACAUUUAUCGUUAAUGCCUCUUCUAGCAGAACCCCUACGGCCAUUGUUAUUUGUCAUUGUUUCAUGAUUUAAAAGCGUCUUACUAAGCAGACUAUCUAUUUUAUCUUAGCAUCUGAAACACGAACUAAACAACGUCUAGCGACUCUCUGUGAAUACCACCUUGGACCAAACUUUAAUGAUUAAAGUUUAAUUAACUGGAAUUCAACUGGCAUAAUAAGAUCAAAUUGAAUAAAAUUAGUCAUUUUUACCAACGCCAAGGUUUACAACAGCCUGAGUAGAAGAAGCACUUGAUUACUUGCUACUGGGUGUAUAUUUACUAUGUGUUAAAGGAAAAACAGCCAACUUCGAUUCAAAUUGUAUUUGUGAUACUGGGCUUAAUGAUUGUUUGAUGAUCAUUUGAAUGAAGGAAAAAGAUACAGCAGUCAAAAUGGAGAUGGAUAGAUUAAAUAAAGACAAAACUGAUAUUUUUACUAAAUUAUCAAGAACUCUUUACAUCGGUAACUUAAAUGAAAAUAUAAGUUAUACUACACUACAUAAAUAUUUUGAAGAAUUUGGAGAUAUUAUUAGCAUUAGUAUUAAACAGAAAAAUUAUAUUAGUGAUUUCUCACUAAGAAUAUAUGCAUCCAUUCAAUAUUUUGAUCCCAGCAGUGUAGUCCUUGCUAUGCUUAAAAUGAAUGCUGUAAUUAUGGAAGAUUGUCAUAUAAGUUUGGGUUUUGGAAAAUCCCAUCCAUCAAAAUGUGUUUUGGUCACUGGUCUUAAAGGUUUAAUACAAAAUAAUUUUAUACUGUCUUAUUUAGCUGAUUGCGGUCCAAUUAUAUCAUGUUCAAUUGAUCAUAUAAAUGAACGGGCUUUAAUAUAUUUUAAAGAGAUUUCAGAUGCUGAGAUAGCUAUAAAUAAAAUGAAGAAUGGCUAUUUAAAUGGUUUAAAUUGUUUUGGUGAUUAUGCAUCAUUUGACUGUGAACAAAAAUUUUCUGAAACCUUCAAUAAGCAAAAACGUAAAAACUAUUUAUCAACAGAUCUGGAUAAUGUUCAUUGUCAAUAUCUAUCAAUAUCUGAUGAAAAAAACUCGUCAGCAGCCAAUUAUGUUGGGGUAGAUAGUUCCUAUAUUCUUCCCACAUGUAAGGAACAUAAAUCGCCAAUUACCUGUGUUUGGAUUAAUGGAAUUGCAGAUUCAGUCACUAAUGAAUAUCUGGAAUCUUAUUUUAGUCAAUUUGGACCUAUUAAAAAAUGUUUAAUUGACCAAUGGAACCGAUGUGCUUUAUUGUGUUUCCAACAGGAAUCACACGCACAGACGGCAGUUUAUGUAAUGAAUGGUAGUUUUAUAAAAGGUCAAUCAGUUUAUGUUCAUUUAUCGUCUAUAAUGUGUCAAGCUUGCGAAGAAUCUAAUAUAAAUAACAAUGAUUUAACUAUUGUACAACCAGGUUAUGCUGCUCAGUCACUAUCUUCCAGUACACAUGUGGUUCCUUAUCAGAAUUUCAAAGCUACAUUACCUUCUUGUAGUUACAAUAUUAAUGACGAAACUUAUCCGACAAACAUCAGUGAUCCAUAUAAUAAUUCAAUUAAUGUUAAUAAUGCUCAGUACAUAUCGCAGCAUAAAGAUUUCAACACCUCUUAUAUCAAUAUUUCUAAUGAUUCUUCAAACACAAAUUCAGUCAACAACUGUUCUAUUUCAAUAGCAAAUAACCAGCAUCUACCAGAGAUUUCCAAAUCUCCGACAAAAUAUGCUAAUUCUGUAAUAUCACUGCCGCUCCCUAAAUUUUCUAAAAAUAUUACCAGCCCAUCUUUAAAAUAUUCACUUUCAUCUAACUCUGGGGUUAAUCAACCUUCAUAUAUGUACAAUUUAUGUCAUGAUGAAGAAAUGAACUGUGGCUUAGAUAAAACUGAUAAACAGAACCAAAAGUAUGACCAAAACAGUAAUCAUCCACAAAAACUUAAUUUCAAGAUUUUAGAAUCAGCCAAUUCUAUAGAAUCAGUUGUUGAAAGAAAUGCGUUUAUUGAAGGAACUAAAAGGCUAAAAAAUGUUUCUAACAAAUAUACUCUCAACAAAUCAAGUACAACAUUUCAAAACCAAAAAGUAUGUUUAUCAUUAAAAAAUACAAUUUCAACUAGUGGUUCAUCAAAAUCUUAUCUAAAACCUUCUACGGCUGUUAAUAAAACUCAAUAUUAUCUUCCAAAUGAUACUCAGCCAAUAAUAAUUCCACAAAAUAGUAAGGCACAACUAAUAGACACUCAAUUUUUGCCUUUUGAUCCUAUGAUGUUAAUCAAUUCAAAACGUUCUUCAACUAGCCACACAAUGAUAUCCGAUUCAAACGCAUUGUUUUUGGAGAAACAAAAUAUUUGUACCAUAAAUGAUAGCAUGCACACAAAUGGUGCAUUAAAUAAUCUUUUUACGAACCCUAUAAAGGAUUAUCCUGAAGAUAAAGAUAGGAAUGAGGAAUACUUUAAAAUUGUUGGUAAAAUUCGGCAUGAGUAUACCAAGCAAUGGGUGAACACUGGAUGUCACUGGUUAACUAAUAAAUCAAAGAAUGAUUGUGUUGAAAAAUUUGAUUGUCUAGAACUAAGUGAUACUAAAAUAAAAGAUAACAAAGGAAAGUUUGAAGUUGAACAAAUAAAUAAACAAAAUGUUUUGGAUGGAUUUAUGGCAGAAAGUUCUACUAAACCUGUUGAUCCAAUUUCCAUUAAAGUAAAAAAAUCAACUAAUAUUGAUACAGAUAUGAUGGAUCACAGAGUUCAUGAAAAGAGUAUUGCUAAAGUUGUAUUAUCUUUAAAUAAAAAUAAACAAAGUAAGAAUUCAUCUACUGAAACCAAAAAUAAAAUAAAAACUACAAAUUUCAACAAUUCUGCAAGCAAUACUUCAAAUAAUGUAAAUAAUAUUAAAAAUAAAUGGAAGAAAUCUGUUCAUUGCCAUCAUACAACUAAUAAAUAUAAAGACCAUAAAUAUAAAAGUAUUUCCAGUAUUAGAUCAAGAAGAUAUAAAAGCUACAAUAUCAAACCAAAUAAAACCCAAAGAGAUGAUGUUGAAAAAACAAAUUUUAAUGAAUACAAAAACAAACAUAUAAAUAUUAAUAAAAGUGAACAACAUACAUGGAAUAGUAAUAAGAACUAUUACUCAACAAAGAGUUCAUUAAAAAGAAGCAUUAGCAAUACUAAUGUAAAUCAUUACAAUUCUAAACGAUAUAAAACAGAUAAUAAGACUUAUAAAAACAAUUGCACUAAAAUUUUAGAAAGUCAUUCUCCAAAAUCAAGAGGAAAUAUUCAUAAUACAUGGAUGCCAGAGAAGAAAAAUAUGAAUAGUAAAAUAAACAAAACUCCAAAUGAAUCAAAAGUGACAAUAUACAAAAAAAUGAAAACCAGAUAUACUAAUAACAUGAAAAAAAAAAGGGAAUGGAAAUUGCAAGAAAAAUAUUCUUACAGAAAGAAAAGAUUUGAAUCUUAAGAUUUAGACUAAUUAAUAGUGGCAUACAAACCUUAUAACUAGUUAUGGCAUCACAGUUAUUAUUUAUGUCAUAAUAAUCUAAAACUGGCUUUUUAUGUAUCAGAACAUUAGCAAGUAAACAAAGUUCUAUGAUUUACGUAGUAUUGUACAGUAUUUAUGCAGUAAGUAUUAGAAUAAUUUUUAUGAGUAAUUUAGUUAUAAUAAUAUUAAAGUUUAAGCUCUGAUUAUUUUGAG